CCAGCACAGCUGGGAUUUCAACACGGACAGAUAGCGCAAUGAAGAGCAGCGUCGACCCGUCAUCAUGUGCACCGGGCUUCCGAGGACUGCCUGUCCGCUGCGACUUUUUGCCCUCUGCAUCCUUCUCUCCCACGCAGCAGCCUAUUUCGGCCUUACAGGUCGCGAGCCCCUGGUUUUUCUGCCAGGUCCAUUUGCCAACGAGCCUCAGAACAGUAAAGCGCACCUGAAGCAAUGCGAGCAGAUGACUUUGACGCGCCGGCAAAAGCGUUUGUGCCGGCGAGAACCGGGGCUGGCGGAGACUUUGAGGGAAUCUGUCCGUCUCAGCCUCCUGGAGUGCCGCUAUCAGUUCCGCAACGAGCGCUGGAACUGUAGUCUGGAUGGCCGUGGAAGCCUUUUAAAACGAGGCUUUAAAGAGACGGCCUUUCUGCUCGCGGUGUCAUCAGCAGCGUUGUCUCACGCGUUGGCCAAAGCGUGCAGCUCAGGGCGCAUGGAGCGCUGCACCUGCGACGAUUCUCCUGGUCUGCAGCACCGCGAGGCCUGGCAGUGGGGCGUAUGCGGGGACAACCUCAAAUACAGCACUAAGUUUCUCAAGAAAUUCUUUGGGCAAAAACGGGUCAGCAAGGACCUGCGUGCCCAAAUCGACGCUCACAACAUUAACGUCGGCACCCGGGCGGUGAAGAGUGGUCUUAAGACUACUUGUAAGUGUCACGGUGUCUCCGGUUCGUGUGCUGUGAGAACAUGCUGGAAGCAACUCUCCCCAUUUCAAGACACAGGCCACCUGCUGAAGUACCGCUAUGACACGGCCGUUCGAGUGCAUAGUGUUACCAACUCCGCCACUGGGGAGACCGAGCUGGCAAGUCCUCGGCGUCAUAGCAACACGGGUCCCUGCCUACGGCCCACCGAGCUGGUAUUUCUGGAGGAGUCGCCCAGCUUUUGCAGGCCGUCACGUUACUCGCCCGGGACGGCCGGCAGACCAUGUUCAAAGGACACCAGCUGCAGCAGCCUGUGCUGUGGACGGGGCUACAACACGGCCCUCCACCUCACCACCAUCUCCUGCCACUGCCAGGUCCGCUGGUGCUGUCACGUCGAGUGUCAAACCUGCCUCCGAGAAGAAGAGGUCUACACCUGCAAGAAACAUUGAUAAGAAGGAAACUGAGAAGACGAAGUGGAAAGUGAGGAAGCUUGAGGAUUGUUAAGGCGUCUACUAGACAACUAGUAGAAUUUUGAGAAGUUUGGAGGUUGUGAUCCAGGUUGUGCUAAGGGAAAAGAUGUUUAGGAUGAUCUGCCAGUCUUACCUGAUUUAGAAUGGCUUGGUUGAGAUGGUUAAGUCACUUUCUUAAAGUCUGGGCUCCCACAUGGAGUUCCGAACAAAAGUGUUCAUUUAAUAUGACCAAUCAGUGCCUGAACAAGCGUAUAUAAGCUGCUGCUUACUUCUGCCUAUGACAGUUCUUCCAGCAUUCCUCCACCACCCCAGCUCCACCUUCUUGAUUGGUUACCACUAAAACCAGUCAAGGAAAUCCUAGGGGGUCCGACUUUCAGGCUCGGGUCAAGUCUCCAGCUCAAACCCUUUAACAUGGACAGCAAGCAAAAUAUGUAUACCUCCACUUCAUUAAAGAUUACGUGAACUUGUGAAACAAGUGUGGACAAACCUGGCCAUGGGUCCCAGAGUUUCUAGAAUGAAAAUUGCUCUUCUGCUGUUAAGGAACCCAAAUGGGACGUUCCGGACAUUUCCCAGCUUCUCACAUGUAGUGGAGGUUGGAAUUGAACCAGACUACUCUUUUCUUCUACAGUGAUAAACCAACCUCACCGGGAGGUUGCCCGUUGAACAGUCGGUGUUGAUCGCACAUUAUGGAAAUGGACUAGUGAUCUGCGAAG